ACGGUAUGCAAGUCAUGUAAACCUGGAGAUAAGUUGUUUAGAUUGUAGACAGGCACAACAAACUUAGCAACCAGGCUACAUGGCCUGUACUCAGAGCUAGUCAUAAGAGCAUGCUAGCAACGCAUAGGGCUGGGCUUAGUGACGCUUUGAGGCAAAGGCUAGCAACAAUUAAGAAAGGAGUGACAAUUUCAAGCUGAGCAACAUUGCAGCGACCAUGACCUAUCCCCAGCACAAGAGAUUGCAAUAAGAAAUAGCAAAGAAAGCUGUGCUUGGAAUAUCUGUGUUGCCCUUAGUCAUUCAUUUGAGCCUGGGAACUUUUUAUAUAUAUAUAUAUAUAUAUAUUGUCUUUUAUUGUCACCCACUCAUACUGAGGAGACUGUUUAAUGGAAUGCUUCUCGGAAGAUCCUCGAGGACAAAAAUAACUGAAAAUAAAAGCUGUCUCCCUAGUUUAGCUGUGUAAUCCACAUCUACCCACCUCUUACUCUGAAAAAUUGCCACAAUGACAGACCCUGCCAUGGUAGAUCACAUGACCCGACUGAAACUCAGACUCCUGGAGAAGAAACUAGAAAACGAACGUGAGACCCUGGAGAAGGUUGAGUCCCCCCUCUCCACAGCAAGGAGUAGUGAUGGACAUGAGGACGCACUGCAGAAUGCGCUGAGACGAAGGAAAGACCUCCUGCAGAAGCUUAGGGAGCAGCACCUUUUGGAAGAAUUUUCACAGCCCUAUAUGUUGGCAGGAGGCCACAGAAAGAACUACAGACCUAAGCCAGUACCUGUUUACCUGCCUUCCCCUCUGGCACCUGCACCAGAACCACCAAGGAUCAUCCAGCAAACAAUGCCUCAGCAACCUGCAACCAUCAUCCAACAGUUACCUCAGCAGCCACCUCUCAUCACACAGAUCCCGCCUCCACAGCCCCUCCCGCUCCCCCGUUCUGGAAGCAUUAAGGAAGACAUGGUGGAGAUGAUGUUGAUGCAGAACGCUCAGAUGCACCAGAUCAUUAUGCAGAACAUGAUGCUGAAAGCUCUGCCACCGAUGGCGUUCUCACAGCCCGGUGGGACCGGGCCUCCCUUGCUGCAGCACACCCAGCAGGAUCCCCAGUUUGCUGCUCCAGUUGUUGUGAAAGCAGAAAAACCAAGGCCAUCCACAGUGCAUCAUCACCACCAUUACCCUUCCCCAGGAGUGCAGGCCAUUCCUUCUCAGCUGCCCCCAGUUGGCUACUCCAUGUGGCCCCCUGUGAUGCCAUCCAGCCUCAUGGGACAGACUGGAGGAUUCCCAUCCACUGUGCAUCACAUGUCUGGCCCAACUAGCACCUUCCCUGCAAUGCACACUGUAGUACCCGAUGGACUCCUCCACAGCCUGCCCCCGGGUUUGUAGACUCCUCAAGCCUCUAGCAAAGGUGGCUAGUGAGUGGACAUGGACUGUAUGCGUCACCCAUGCACGUGGAGCAUAGCAUCACUGGAGACGACUUUCUUUAGAGAGUUCCUAAAAGAUUCUGGCUGACAGGAAUCUGCUGUAUAAAUAGUCACGUGCCAUUAAUGAAGCUGACAACCAAGGGAGAGGUGGCAGAACUGUGUAAUAAACUGUGGAAAUACAAAAAAACAUAUUGUUAUCGCUUCUGGAUCUGGGCAGUUAGCCAAAACUUUGGGGCCCUGUCAGGACCCAUAUGAAAAACUCCCUAAGCUUAUUUUUACCAGUUUAGGUUAAAAACUCCCCAAGGCACAAAUUCUGCCUUGUACCGUGGAUUAGGUAAUGCUGCCACUACCAAGUGAUUAGACAAAACUCAGGGAAAGGACCACUGGGAGUUCCUACUCCCCUCUAAUAUCCCCCCAAGCCCUACACCCCCUGUCCUAGGGAGGCUUGAGAAUAAACAAGAUGAGCAUAGACCAACCUUGGGGUUUUUUAGGACACUAAAA